GCCCAUUUUGCUCCCUUCUUGCACGCCCCUUGUCAUUGUUCCUCCAAAAAUAGACCCGCUGGCGCCACAUUCCGACCUGCCGGACUCGCAACAACAACGCUCUGAACACUUACUACAACAACAACAGAACCACCUCCGCCAAAACCAGACAGCCCGACAGGAAAUAUUCUGUACCGUCGCCUCCCUUCUCUGGGAUCCCAGGUUCACCUCCGCUAAGCGUCAGCACUUCCCAUCCAGGCGCUUGGACAUCGGCUCACCCUUUAACCCGCCAACCCCCGCUUCAGAGAGUAGCAGGGAGGAUACGGAAGACGAGGAAGGGGAUUUACAUUUCUCAGAGCCGGAAGCAGGAAUAGGCCGAGAGGAUUGUGAAGAAAGGUUUCGAAAGAGCAGAAGAAUAACUCCGGAGCAAAAGGGCCCUAGUGCACCUGUUAAGGAAGCGACUAUGGACCAAACUGGCAAACGCCAUCCGAGCUCUUUCCAGCAACUGGAGAAACUGGGCGAAGGAACAUAUGCGACGGUAUUUAAGGGAAGGAAUCGGCAAACCGGGGAAUUAGUAGCUCUAAAGGAGAUCCACCUCGAUAGCGAGGAGGGAACGCCUUCAACCGCGAUCCGUGAAAUUAGUUUGAUGAAAGAACUUAAGCACGAAAAUAUCGUUUCGCUCCACGAUGUGAUACAUACCGAAUCGAAACUUAUGCUAGUUUUUGAAUUCAUGGAUCGGGAUCUUAAGAAGUACAUGGACCAUCGUGGCGAUCGCGGCGCUCUCGACUACGUUACCAUCAAGUCCUUCAUGCAUCAACUACUCCAGGGGAUCGCCUUUUGCCACGACAACCGUGUUUUGCACAGGGAUUUGAAGCCGCAGAACCUUCUCAUCAAUAACAAAGGAAUGCUCAAGCUUGCCGAUUUUGGACUUGCUAGAGCCUUCGGUAUUCCGGUUAACACCUUUUCGAACGAGGUUGUAACAUUGUGGUAUCGUGCGCCAGAUGUACUUCUUGGCUCUAGAACGUACAACACAAGUAUAGAUAUCUGGUCCGCGGGGUGCAUUAUGGCUGAAAUGUAUACCGGAAGACCGCUCUUCCCCGGGACCACCAAUGAAGAUCAAUUGCAGAAGAUUUUCCGUCUGAUGGGAACUCCCUCCGAGCGCUCCUGGCCUGGGAUUUCACAGUACCCGGAGUACAGGAGUGGUUUCCACAUCUACGCUACCCAGGACCUCCGUAUGAUCCUUCCGCAGAUUGACCCCAUGGGCCUAGACUUGCUGAGCCGAAUGUUGCAACUGAGGCCCGAAAUGAGAAUCAGCGCCAAGGAUGCUCUCAGGCACCCGUGGUUCGCUGAUCUAAAACAACUCCGCGCAGGUAUAAUGCAAGGUCAACAGCAAGCAGGCGCAGAGAGGGCAAGGUUGGAGGCAGCUGCAAGGGCACAACAACAGCAGGGAAUGGGGAUAGGCGGUGGUAUGGGAGGACAGGUCUACUAGGAGGGGGGGGGGUCGCGAUUGUGGUUUUACUGUGAUUCUGAUAAGGGUAUUAGAUGGUCCCGGUAUCUCUGGCGUUGCCCAGGACGUAUUGUUGGUUUUGAAGGGAGUUCUUUGGGGCUUGUACUUUUUCUGUUGUUUGCUCUGCAUCUCUCUUUCCUUCCACCCCUCCCUCUUUUCCCAACCUGCUCUCUGUUCUUGCUUAGUUUCAUUCUUUAUCACCAUCCCCAUUAUCUUUUUUCGUUUUGGCGGAGUGCCCCACUCGAAUCUCACUUUCGUGUUUGCUCUACCGCCUAUACUAUGUUUCUGGUUUUACCCCCUACCAGCCCUAUUGCACCUUCCAUAGCAGAGAUUUCCCCACCUUAGGAUGAGGUAGGGGAAAAUGGUGGGCAGCGCUGGCUACCGGGGCCGUGGUUAUCUGUUAGGCAUGUAAAGUUAGUUUUUACUUCUUAUUUUCGUUUGCUUCCUUACGACUUGGGUGGUGAUCCGGGGGUCCGGGGGAUAUUCCAGAAAGGAGGGAAUAAAAAUUAUGAGAAACGAUAUUUAUUUUUGCGAACCAAUUCAUCCGGUCAGGUUAAUCA